AUGUCGUACACUCCAUCGCCGCAGCCACCGACGUCGAAUCAGUAUCCAUACGGGACUUACUUCGUUCCAGGGCCCUAUGCGACCCAAGCAGGUGCAUACGCUGCUACAUAUCCUCCAGGAACGCCGUAUCCAACAACUGGUUUGUCUUUCUAUUCGGGAUCAGUCUUAAGUCUAACACAUACCACAGGUACGACUGCGUAUGGAACUGGAACUGCGGCGUAUGGAGCGAACGCAUACCAGGCGGGUGUGACUGGGUAUGGGUGGCCGUAUCCAUAUGGAUAUCCUAUGCCCCAACCACCAGCGAGACAAGCAGGGACACCGACGCCUACAGCUACACCUGCCGCAGGGCAAACUCAAACACAGGCAAGUGGGAGCGCACAGAAUGCUACUGCUCAAUCUUCAACACCUGCGACCUCGAAUUCGACGACGAUGACGAUGCACCCUACUACAUCUACUUCGACAUUGGCGUCUGCGCCCACGACGAACACGAUGGCGGGAUCUGUUAAUCGGACGAAUACGGGGACGUUCUCUACGUUCUCCCCAUAUGCGAGGGAUACGUACGCUACUACUUCUAGUGCUGGGACAGGCGGAGGGCGAAAUGCGAGGAGGGGAGCUAGCUAUAAGGGAUUGUUCACGAAAGAACUAAAAAAUUUGAUGUACGGAUUUGGUGACGAUCGCAACCCAGCUAGCGAUACCGUCAAUGUCAUGGAGGAGAUACUAGUGGAGUUCAUCUUAGAUGUGUGUACGCAAGCAUCCCAGCACAGCUCCUCAAACAGAAAGGCGCGGUUAUCUAUAGAAGAUCUACGACAUGUUUUGUCGAGACCCGCAGACGCGAAGAAGCUAGCAAGAAUGGAGGAGUUGCUCUUCAUGCAGGAAGAUAUCAAACGAGCUAGAGCAGAAUUCGACGAUAACGAGAUGCAGGGCGGUGGUAAGGCCUUCUGA